AUUCAAGGUAACACAGUCAUCGACCUGGAAUGUGGGUGUAGGUAGAAAUUGUUCACACAGUGCAUUUAACAAAGAUGACCAACUCGGACUUGUGGGGUGUGCCGGUGCUGAUAGGUGUAGGUGUGGUUGCUGUCACUGCCAUCCUAGCAAAGAUCUUCUUAUUUGGAAACAAGAAGAAAGCAAAGUCCCCCAUAACACUACAGGACCCCAAUACCAAGUACCCUCUUAAACUUGUGGAUAAAGAGGAAGUAAGUCAUGAUACAAGAAGAUUUCGUUUUGCCCUUCCAAGUCCAGAGCAUAUCUUGGGACUACCUGUUGGUCAGCAUAUUUACCUGACCGCUCGUAUUGAUGGACAGCUGGUGAUCCGCCCCUACACCCCAGUAUCUAGUGAUGAUGAAAAGGGAUACAUGGACCUGGUCAUUAAGGUUUACUUCAAGAAUGUCCACCCCAAAUUUCCUGAGGGUGGGAAAAUGUCCCAGCACUUGGAGAACAUGUCCAUUGGAGACUUUAUUGACGUAAGAGGACCUAAUGGUUUACUGGUCUAUGAGGGAAAAGGUGUGUUCAAGGUGCGCCCAGACAAGAAGUCCCCUCCGGAGACUGUGACAGCUAGGAAUGUUGGAAUGAUUGCGGGAGGGACAGGAAUAACCCCCAUGCUCCAGCUUAUUAGGGAGGUGUUCAAAGACCCAGAGGACAAAACAAACCUCUCUCUACUCUUUGCUAAUCAGACAGAAGAUGACAUUCUGUUGAGAACAGAGCUAGAGGAUUUACAAGAGAGCUACCCUAACCGUCUCAAGUUGUGGUACACUUUAGAUCGACCAACAGAAGGUUGGAAGUACAGUAAGGGCUUUGUCAAUGAUGAGAUGAUAAAGAAUCACCUCCCUCCCCCUAGUCAUGAUACGGUCAUCCUGAUGUGUGGACCCCCUCCCAUGAUCAACUUUGCCUGCCAACCAAACCUUGACAAACUUGGAUACAGUCAGAAGUCCAGAUUUGCCUACUAGAUAUGGCUUUCAUUAUUUAAGUUCAGUUGCAUAGUUGAUUGUGGAUUGUAUGUGUAAAUUAUUUUGUAAAUGAUAUGCAAUCAUGAUUUUGAAGAAGGUUUAAAUUAAAAAAAAAAAGACAGAAAAGGCACUUUAUAAUCUUGAAAAAUGAGAAUGUCUGCAAUAAGUUAGCUAGUUUAUAUAUUUGAUGCAAUAUAUGGUGUCUUAAUUGCCUAAAGUGUUUGUUACAAUAUAAAAAUUUAGUUCUGUUGUUGCUGGGCAUUGUCUUACAAGUAAACUGUACUACUGUGUAGUGUACUUUGUAAUAUAAUUCACUUUUCUUAUGUAAUAAAUUUAUUUCUACUUUUGUAAAAUUUUAA